AUGUACGCUCGCGACGGCGGGCUCCUCCGAGAGGUGCGGCGCACUGUACUUUGUGAAGCAUUCGUGCGCAAUGUACUCUGUUUGUGUGUUCUCUCCGCUUUUGUUUUCUCCAUGGUGCUGGGGGACGGCUUCAUAAUGACAGCCGGCGUGUUCAAAAAAGAUAAGAAAACUGGCAGAGUCCCUAACCGAGGCUUCGUCAUCGACUGUCUCAGCAAAUGUGAGAAAGCGGAAAACUGCCACUGCGUACGUAUGUCGAACCGAAAAGAGAAGCAGGUCUGCGAUCUGAUGAAUCCGUUCCCCUAUGGGAAGCCACUUCCACCGAAAGGCUAUGUCUACUUCGCCUCCAACAAAUACUACGAGACCGUCUACAAUGUGAGUUCACCAAACUACGCUCUGCGGAAGAAAGCAAGUCAAAGCUCCGUGUACGAGUUGUAUGGGAUCCAUUAUACGCCAGAGAAAGCUGUCGAUGGAUCUCAUAACACAGAUGGUCUGAAACCUCCGUAUUUCGCUCAUACACAGGAUUCGAUGUGGGCGGAACUCAAUCCUUGGUGGCAGGUCGACCUGAACCAGGACGUGACUGUGAUGGGCAUCAGGAUCCGCAAUCGAAAGGAAUGGGGUGAUCGUUUGCAUGACUUCGACAUUCGGGUUGGUCCCGUUCCAAUCACAACUGAUUACGAUGAUGUUCACUUCAAACAGAACACCAGGUGCUACUACAACGACAAGGGUGGAGUUCAAGACGAGGAACUGCGGCCUUUCCUCUGCAAGCCUUGUCCCAUUCGCGGACGAUACGUCUCCAUCCAAAUCACACAGAAUUGUACCGAUUGUAGGGAGCCGCUCAAGAACGUCCUGCAAUUGGCCGAAGUCGAAGUCCUCGGGGUGCCAUAGGCGCCUGGCUGAGAGAUUGAGCACGCGCUGCCGUCCGAGAGUCCGUCGAUCUGGAGCACCAGAGCGGAGAGACAAUUCCUGGAGAAUUCUGAUUGUCGUAAAUUCUCUCAAAAUUUUGGAGGUCCGCCCCGGAGUCGGUCGACCAAACUGCUCGGGCAGCGCGAUGCCUGAAAUGAGUCCACGGAAACCGGUCU